ACUACUGCUGGUGAGGUGUAUUCUGGUGUGAGCAAACACGAAACAUUUCACUGUUAAAAUGCUUAUAUCAUCCUUAGUCCAAGAUAAAUAUGACUUAAAGCAAAAUAUUUAUAAACAAAUAUAUGUAUAAGAAGGAGGUAGUGUCUCCAUUAAGACUAUAGAGUUAGUAGUGUCCAUUGGUAGUAAGUUGAGACAAGUUUGUGUGGUCGUCCCCCAGCAUUCCCAGCCGGUAUAUCAAGAUGGACGAGCUCUUAGUUGAGGUCCUGGGUCCUCAUGGGGCCUAUUAUAAGGCUUCUGUUUUGGAUAUGGUGGGAGAUGAAGUGUUGGUUCGAUAUGAAGGGGAUUGGUGUGCGGAAACUCGGGUGGCCAUGACAGGUGUGAGAAUACCACCUACUCCGGGCCCUCCACCCGUAGAAUAUCCUGAAGGUGCUGAAGUUGAAGUUUUUGACAAGCUUAUGACCGCACCUCAUUCUGCCUAUUGGAAAGCAACUAUAAAGAUGUCUAAAGGAGAUUUCCAUGUAGUAGAGUUUACUGGGGUGUCCAUCACAAGUGGCGAAAACAUCUUUCCUUCAGAGAAAGUACGGCCGAGAAAUGUAAAUCCUCCAAUUACUCCAAAAACCUUUACAAAGGUUGAAAUAGAAGUUCCAGAAGACAUCAGAGAAUAUGCUCGGAUGGAAAGUGUUCACAAGCCCUUCAAGAAAGCGUGUGGAGCAACCAGUUGUGUAUACAACCCAGACAAACACUGCUUGACCUUAAUAUCUCGGAAUGAUCAGUGUCUCAAGUUGGCCCAUAUGUUAUCUGACAUGCAUUUCCGAAACCUCAAACAGAAAGUAGUACUUCUUUAUCGAACAGAAGAGGCAGCAAAACAACUAGAAUCAACCAAACUUCAGUCCACAGCAGGGUAUGUUGAAGAGUUCAGUGUACGGGAAGACCUCAUGGGUCUUGCCAUUGGUGCACAUGGGGCAAAUAUACAACAGGCUCGUAAGGUGGAAGGAGUAACGAAUAUUGAAUUAGAAGAAAAUACCUGUGUUUUUAAGAUUUAUGGUGAGACUGAAGAAGCAGUAAAAAAAGCAAGGUGUAUGUUAGAAUAUAGUGAAGAGUCUGUGCAAGUGCCACGGAUCUUAGUAGGGAAAGUAAUUGGCAAGAAUGGCCGUGUCAUACAAGAAAUGGUAGAUAAGUCUGGGGUGGUGCGGGUGAAGAUUGAAGGAGACAAUGAACCAGAGCCCACGACACCCCGGACAGAAGGACAGGUCCCUUUUGUCUUUGUUGGCACAGUUGAGGCCAUUGCAAAUGCUUCCAUUCUACUUGAAUAUCAUUUAGCACAUUUAAAAGAAGUUGAACAACUAAGACAAGAAAAACUUGAAAUUGAUCAGAAAUUAAGAAAUAUGCACACAACAAACAGCUUAGGAAAUAGUCAGGGUUAUCCAACAAGGAGAAAUGAUAGAGGUUACAACAGUGAUAUGGAGAUGGGAGGCCGUGGACGGGGACGAGGUGGCCCACGGGGUGGUCGUGGUAGAGGUGGCGGCAGAGGUGGAGACCGCUACAAUAACGACCGUUCUGGAACUGGUCACUGGUCACGACAGGGAACUCCAGAGUGGGAUGAAGGGGAUGCAUCUUUACCACCAAGAACAUCACGUCGCCACAAUGAUGACCGACGUCGUGUAGCUGAUGAAGAAGAAACUGUUUUAGAUGCUGCUGAAACUGGUAGUGUUGGCAGUCUUGAUCGAGAAUCAGUUACCAGUGAAGGAAAGAGACGUAGACGUCGACAUCGCAAAUACCGCCGCCGCGGGGGCGGUAGUGAAGCAGGUGACUUGGAGAGUUGGGGAACUUCGGCUGAAGAUGGCUGGACCACCUCUGCUAACGAGGGCUGGGCUGGUGAUGAUAAUUGGCUUGCUGCAGGUGAAAGUUGGGAUGCACUGUCAGCACCUGGAAGGGCUUCCAAGGAACGUACUCCAGGAUUUGAACAAGGUGGGCGUCGAGGUAGAGGACGAGGUAUGCCAGAUGGGCCUCCAAGUAGGGAGGGAACACUAUCUCGCAGGCGCCCCCCACGUCAUGAGGGUACUCCAGCUCGGCAGUCUCCAGGAAGACGCCCUCCACCACAGCCCCGUAAACCUCCACCAUCAGCUGUAAAUGGCAACUAGGAUAUGGGGUAAUUUCAGAGCUGAAGGGAUGGCCUCCCUCCCCAUCUUGUGAUAUUUACAAUUAGGCAGACUAGGCAGUUCCACGCCUGGCACUCCGAUUGUAUUUAUACAGUAUAAUGAGGCUGAACCACUGCUGGUGAAGAAGAAUAAGGUCCUUCCUGAAGUAAUCCACCACUCAUAUUGAUAAUGACAAACUGAUAUAUAAAUUGUUGCCUUUCUUGUUCUGUUUUAAAAGGACAUUGAAGUGGACCUCCCCAUUGUGAAAACUUAUUGAGAUGAACUACACAAUCAUAAGGAUAGGACUAGAGAUAACAACCUCAAUGCAUAUUGACAGCCAGUACAGAAGCUUGGCAUAAUAUGAAAAUUAAUUGAACAAAACUGAACAAAAGAAAUAUGAUCAUUUGGUGGCUUACUGUAAUAUAUAUUGGUUUUGGAAUAGCAAACGAGUGUUAAAACUCUACGUGUCCAAGUACCUUCUUUUUUUUUCUUUUUUUUUCUUAAUCAAUUGGCCAAAUUAGUAACUUCAAAUCCUUGUGAAAUAUUCUUUGAAUGCAUUUCUUGUAUCUUGUGACUAACAUUAAAGACUCAUGGCUUGGAUUUGGAACACAGAGAUAUUUGCCAAAAAAAAAAUAUUUGUUGUUCCAUUAUGCUGCAAUUUUUUUCCAUCUGUUAAACCAAUUUUCAUCAUUAAUGGUUUAAUGAUUACCUACAGUUUCAAGGAGUUAACAGUUAUUGAUAUUUAGCAAUUGAGGAUAUAACUAAUUUAAAGUACUUUAACUUAAAUAGGCUUAAAUAAGGAAAUCUUUUUUUUUUUUUAGAAAAAUAACUUGAGUUUAGUUAAUUAAAUUUUGUGAGAUUUAUAUCACAGCAAAUAUGACUGGGCUCUAAUAGGUGUAGAAUGGCUUGUAUCUUUUGGCUAAUUUUUGUCCUUUGUAGGCAUCAUUGCUUUAUUUUAGUUUCAUUUGUGUUUGUCUGAAGUCCAUACUGCAUGUGGUUACUCAAUUUGAAAUUAGUUUGAUGAUAUUACAAAGCACAUUUCUUUGUCUGGUUAUACCAAGUAUGAAGAUGGUCACUGCUCUUAAUGUGGCCAAUCCCAUUGAUAAAGGACAUAUCCAACACAGUGAAGACUUGUGAUGCACACUGGCCUCUCACAGGUGGCUCAACUGACCAUAAGUGGUAAAGCUAUAGUUAUUGUUGUUCACCAUUUGCUGUGUCAUCUCUCUAUCUCCUGUUGAUAUAAAACACGGGCAGACCACGAUUUACCAGGAUUUCAUUCACGAAAAUUUGUAUUUAUGAGAAUUUUGAUUUGGUCCCAUGUUUUGAUUGAUGAGCGUAACCCGAAUUUAUGUGAGAAAACCCAAUUUGUUUCUUUAAUUUAUUUAAUUAAUCUCUACCACUAAUACUCUUAUUAAGUCUAUAAAUAAGCGUUCGGUGUGUUGUCAUUCUCGGACAGUCGCCAUAUAAAUUAAUCUUCAAACUCAAGUGACGACAAGUGACUCGUCAUACACAUGAUCAUUGUGCCAGUUGCCUGAUUGUCCAGUUUUCCUCACUUAGUCUCAAGUAACAGUGGAAAUUUGAAUAGAAAAUUAAUCUGUAUUCUUGGAAUUCAUAUGCUAAUUAUUUACAAUAAAGGUGUAAAGUUGUAAUAGAAAGUGUGGGAUUUGCAAAUGAAGAAAUGCUUAGAGGCGUUUUUAUUGCCAAGAACACAUGAGGCAGGGUGAGUGGAGAGUCAGGUGACUCAGUUGAGAUGCUGGCUGGCUGGGGCUAGUAGGACUAGCUGGUAGCUGGUGUGUACCAUAAAUAUGUUGCAUCUCUUUAUGUGCUGAAAUUUUUUCUCCAGUGGCUUUAAGGCACCACUUCUUAAAUAUUUAAAACCAGUCCACAGUGAAAUCACUGUGCUAUGGAAUUUUCAGAUCUUCAUAGGCACAGUUUUCAUAGAAUUUCCAUUUUUUUUUAUGUACAGGAUAUCCCUACGAUUCCUUAUAGUGCUGUUAAACUUAGUUCUGAGACUUUGGUAUUUGUUUGAGGGCAAGAUGAAAGCAAAAUAAAAUGAAUACUGUACUGUAUUACACUUAGAAUACAGAGCACAUGCGGCCUGAUGCUUGAAUCAUUGUUGGUUAUCGUUCAAGGCAUCUGACAGCAGCGUUAGUACCAUGUAAACGAAGGGGAAAUUUAGAAUGACGCAAUGACAGAUGAAGGGUUGAAUGUGGGAUUUUGUUUUUUGUUUUACUGUAUUAUACUGUAGAUGUUUACUUAGCAUUUCAUGCAGUUCACUUUGUUUCAAGUCUCAUGCAGUCUCUUUAAGUACAGGUUGAAAAUUUUUACUGUACUCUACUGAAUGUACAGUAUUUCACAUAUGAUUAUUAUUGCCAUUUAAUAAUUUUGUACACCAAAAAUUUUCAUUGAAAUAUGUUUGGUCACAUUUUGUGGCAUUUCAAGAUGUCGUGGGGAAGUUUUUUCUUAAAAAUGUCUUGGUUUUUAUAAUGGGAGUCUUCUAAAAUUUGCAUUGAUUUAAAAAAAAAUAUUUUAAAGAGUUUUCAGGAAUUUAACCUCUUGUAAAUGUGGGUCUGCCUGUAGUAGAUUUGUGUUUAUAAUUGAACACAUUAAACAUUUCAGAAAGAAUUUAAGUUUUGUAGAUGUUUAUGUUAGGUUGAUAUCAGUUAUUGGAUUUUAGAUUUUUCUUCAAGAAUAAUAAUUAUAGCUUUGCCCAAAUUCCUUAGCUCUGUACAGCCAGAGCAGUAUAUGAUAUUAUCGUGCACGACAUGCUGGCUCUUUUUGCUUGAUAGAGAACUUUUCAGAAGGAACUGGUGUGUAUAAGAUCUUUGAAUUGUGCACUGAAGUACCAUUUCUAAUCUGCAUGUUGGUUUCAUAUGAAGCAUAAUAAUAUCUUGGUGAUGUAUGCAGUGGAUGCUGUGUUCUUUGAUAUGUGCUGCUAAAAAUAGGCAAGUGAUGUACUGUAGGGUUAUCACCAGUGGACUAACGUAUAUGGUAACCUUUAUCAACAAUUCUUAUGGAUGACAGUAUGCCACAGUAACUAGUGUACUUUCAUUGACAGGACACAUGAAUAUAUGGCAUGAUAUAUAUCAUAUUUGCUAAGAAAUGAUCUUUGUGAUGAUUCAUGAUACAAGAGAACAAGUGUAAGAUUUCUGAUAUUGAUGUAGUACUGUACAAUACUACAGUUUCAACAAAGUAUUUAACAUGUGAAUUGUUAAAGUGAAUAUUCAUAAUUUCGUUGACCUAGUUCUCUUUAGGUCAUUUAUUGUUGGGUCUGGAUAUUACUUGUUUUAUUGAUAGUUUGGAUAUACUAGAUACUGUUGAAGUGUUGUAAACAGGGCUUGUUACUGGCUUGUUAAAGUUUAAUCUCCCAGACAAGACAUACCCUUUUACUGUAGAAGGGUAGCAGUACAGGCAGCAAAGGGGUAUUAUACAGGGUUAUUCAUAAAACUGCUACCAGUGGUCAUAUUAUAAGGAGGUACAGGAUGUUAAAGGACUCUGAAAAAUUAACAAACUCAAUUUUCAGUAUCCAGGGUGAUGAAUGAAACACGCCUUUCACUGUUUUGAAAUAUGUUGCUAAUGAUGGUGAGCAAAUUGAACAUCUGUGGUAGAUUAAAUAAACUUUACCUUUCUUUUACAUACUGAUAAAAUUUUCAUGAAUAACCUUGUAUAGCUAAAAAAAAAAGGACUAUGUUAUUUCCAUUUUUAUAACAUAUUACAUGACUUACACCAGAAAGCAUGGAACUGCUUUUGCGAAGUUGAAAAUUUGUUCAGGUUUCAUGCAUUCUGUACAACAAUGUCACCAAUAUUUGAUAACUGAAGAGGCAGAUACUAGAGACUCCUUUUAGCAUGUACAGUAUAUUGCAAACAUAUCAGUAGAACUUUUUAGGCAUUCACUGCUGCAGAAGACUUAUGUAUGGUACUCUUAUAUAGAAAACUGAAGGACACAUUCACUACAAUACAAUGAACAGAGACUCAUACUAUGUGCUCUGUUGGCACAAUGCUAAAAGAUCUUACUUGAAUGCACUACUAGUGUCAAACUGACUAAUCUUCAUGAUGAGGACCAUGUCACAAAGAUUAUCAUGUCCCUAAUGCUACAAAAAAAUUUACCAAGUGUAUCACUUGCGGUAAGGCAGUUCCAGGUAUUUCAUCAAGGAAUAUUUGCUGUAAUAUUAUCCUUUAUGAUAACACUGCAAAUGGGAACAUUGCUUUACAUGAUGGGACCUGCAAACAUGUGCUGUUAGCUUCUCAAAGUAAUAGGCUCAUAUUCUGAGACAGCAUUCUAAAGAGUGUCUCAGUGGUGGAUGAACAUCCUUUGAGACACAAUAUCUAACAUGUCAUUUUUGACCACUUAUGCCUGGAGAAGGUUAUAUAAUCUCAGUAAUGACAAUCUGCUAUUUGAGAAUGUGUGCCAAUGGGAGCAGGUGCAUGUGAUGCUAGUGAUGACUCAACAGCUCUCCACAUGGCUUGUUUUAGCUACACCCUCUUUGUAUUUGCUGCCUUGGAAAUGAAAAAUUAUAGCAGUGAUA